AUGGACAAUCAGACACAUACGUACCUUCUAAAUGAAUACGAAAUACUAAACUUACUUCACCACCGAUCGAAAAACCAACAUCAUCAACAACACUGGUUCAAAUAUCUCAAUAUAAUAUACCGUAAUCUUCGAAAACUACUCAAGGUACAAAUUGACAUUAAUCGACUAGCCACAGCAACAACUACGUCAAAACACCAUGCUAAGAUUGAACACAAACAGAAACAAAUUGUUCAAAUAAGUAACAAGAUAAUUCAAGUUUCACGCAGUGCAUAUUGGUCAUAUAAUUCAAUAUUGGUAUUGGGACAAUACAUCACUUUAGGAUUCGCUUUAAUUGGCAACUUGGCCAAAAUUGUCAAUUUGGUACAGAAUAUUGAUGGUGUUAAUGUGAAACAUGUUAGUUUCGUACCUGCUGCAGUUUCUGCUGAUUCAAAUUUGGAUAAUAUGGGUAAUUUGUUUAAUGGUGAAGUUGUUAAUGAAGAUGAUUUGGAUGAUUUAGGGGAAGAGAUUGCUUAUGAUGAUGAAGAGAAUGGAAAUGAAGCUACGCCUGAUGUUGGAGAGAAUGUGGGUGUCCAUAUUGAAAAAGCUAAUCCGCAGAAUAGAGAAUUAGACGGAGUAUUCGCUAAAACAGUGAGUCCUAAAAUUGAUAAUGAAAAGAAUGUACGACCUCUGAAAUUAGAUUCUACAUCAUUAGAACAACCAAGUAAAUCCAAACCCAAAAAAGAGCCAACUUCAAAAGAUACAAUUGACGACAUUUUCGGUAUAUCAUCAAAAAAGAAGAAAAGAAAAGCAGAUCAAUCAAAAUCUUUAAAACCAUCAAAGAAAUCAAAGUCACUCAAGAAAUCAAAAUCUGCCAUCGAUGAUAUCUUUACAUAA